AUGCUUUCCAUUGAAGUCAUUCGCUUUACACGGAAUCAAAGAAUUUUGAGUGCAUUCGUGGUACUUCUCAAUAUUGCUGUCGCUCUGUAUCUCCUAUUUGUCGACUCCCAGAGGAGUCCAACGCAUGACCGCUCGUUUUCAUUUCCGCACGCCCUAGCAACAUUGCCUCCCAACGCUUCUCAGUCGGAAUCUAUUGAGGUUGGGUCGUCGAGUAGGACGAGGGAGAUAGCUACAUUAGCAUCCGCUAUGGCUGAGAUCAUACGUUUACUUAUACCCGAGCCAUCAACAGCCAACGAGUAUCUGGCACAGCAUGAACCAAAAACUUUUCGAUUUUAUGUAUACGACAAUUUAUCUCAUGAGUACACGUGGCAAUAUAGCGCUAGUUGUAUGAAGGCGAAGCGCCGUCUGAGUGAUACAUGUGAUUGGGGUGAAUCAGUCUGUGGGGAAAAGCGGCUUACUCGCAGCCCGUAUUCCAAGCGCAGAUUAAACCGCAACGGCGAUUUGGUUUUGAGCAAGGCUUUUUCGUCCUAUCAAGGAAUCCUACGAACUUACGAUCCGAUUGAUGCGGAUUUGUUCGUGGUCCCGUAUCCAAGUCAGGCACACUUUCACUGCAAUCAAACGUCCCACGAGGACGUGGAAACGCGUUUACUGGAUCGACUUGCUUACUUCAACAAAAAGACCCGUAGAAAACAUUUGUUUUUUUCUUCCGCGGUACGGUCUGCCUCCAACAAAUUUAUGGGUUCGCUGCCGCUCUUGGUAACAAUCGGGCCAGUUGACCGACAGUGCAGAAUAGGUCGGAAUUGCGGUCAAAUUGUGAUGCCGUACGUAAACACCAAUCCGGAGUAUCAACCAAUGGUCGUUCAAAAGAACCUCCGUUCCCUAAAGGACCGAAAGUUCGCCAUGGUGGCAAAAUUCAACGCCUAUAUAUCCGGUAACAGCAUGCCUCGUAGCGAUUUUCUCAAGGUUGUCGGUAACGUGACGGCGAUCGCUGGAUUCCCUGUGCUGAUUUCGGCGCUGGGUCGGCGCCGAACCAUGCCCAACGAGCGCAGCGUACUAGAAGACUACCGCAACGCAAUCUUUUGCCCUUGUUUGCGAGGCGACGAACCUCCGCAGAAAAGGCUGUUCGACGUCAUGAUGUCGGGAUGUAUUCCGGUAGUAUUGGACUUUCCAUCGAAAGACCCAGGCUACCGGUCACAUUUUGCGUCUAUGGCAACGUCAACGCGCGGGGCCUAUCCUUUUGCCAAGGGUUCUUUCCACGGUUGGCCAGAAAUGGGUUUGGACUACAACGAGUUCAUGGUUACUGUGAAUGGUACUUGUGGUGUAUCAUGCAUUGUUCCGACUCUGGAAGAUUUGCUCUUGAACCAUCGUGAUCGAUUGGUAAACAUGCAGGAGCGGCUAGCAAAAGUUAUCAAAGUGUUCAGUUAUGGGAUGGAGCACAAUACAUUACAACACGCAGACGCGAUAUCAGCGAUUCUCGUGCAAGUAAAGCACUACGUCGAUAGUCUCGGUCAAGUUUCAUAG